AUGACCAUGAUAAAUAAAAUACCCGGUGUUCCCACGCUCAUCAAAGAAUCCAGUCUGGAUAGUUAUGCCGACUCACCCUAUGCCGACCUCAACGACAUCAUCGACAACCCUAAAAGGUUCAAUCCUCCUAACAUGACAAUAUAUGAUGGAACCUCCAACCCAAGAGACCACAUCUUAACCUACAAGCAGCGCAUGAUGACCAUCCUCGUCCCGAAGGACAUGAGAGAAGCCAGUAUAUGCAAAGGGUUUGGGUUGACACUGGUUGGACCCGCCUUGAAGUGGUUAACCAGCCUCCCAAAUGGAUUUAUCACCUCUUUCGCGCAUUUCGACAACAUGUUCAACCAACAGUUCGCCAGCAGCAGGGAUCUAGAAAAACAGACAUGCGAUUUGUACCGUGUGGUCCUGAGGCCAGAUGAGCCAUUGAAAGAUUACACAGCCUGUUUCAUCAUGGAGAAGGUGAAAGUGCCAAACUACGCUAUCCCGACAGCAAUAGAGGCAUUCAAGAAGGGGCUAUAUGGGGAAACAGAUUUAUGGAGGGAUUUGGUGAAAUACCCAUGCAAGACUUUUGAUGAUACACAAGCAAAAGCAAUGGCGCACGUUAGACUUGAAGAAACUCUUCAUUGCAGAAAGGUCUGA